GUUUCCACCCGGUGAAAUUCAUCGGGGUGGGGGUAGGUAAGACUAGCCGGUCCCGAGGACGAAGCCCCCUACCCUCCAAAGGCUACAUAAGGCCCCUGGGCUCACCCCACCACCGUCAGUGGUGUAACAGACGUUGUCGUGCACGGUUGUGCUGACAUAUCACAUGGCACACCGCGCAGCCAUGCCGUCAAUCUAGUCCACACGCGGUUGUUUACAACAAAUUUUUUUACGAAGUAAAAACAACAUAAAUAACCGUAUCGCGAAACAAGAUAAAAACAAUUGUGAUUGUGGAUUAACUGGAACUGUUUGUGGUGAUAUUUUGGAAGGGGAAACACUGGAUGUACAUUUGAAUAUUUUGGAAAUCAAUUGAAGAUGCUGAAGUGGACGGUAUCGAGAUCACUGUCAACCACAAGCUCAACACCACAUGGAACUUCAGCAGCCAUGGAUAAAUCAACGCGAAGACCGUUUAGGGAUUUAUCAAAUACACCACCAACGAGUGGCUCUAGGUCCAGAGUGACCAGGGUACAAGACGAUGGUACAGACAGCAGUGUAAGUAGACUUGCUAAUGGCAGGAGGAGACGGUGUAGGAGUCAUGGGAGUGACUUGAGAGCUUAUUUCAAUGCCACAAAACCAAACCUCCGCUUAUCGAAACGGCAAUCAGUAUCGGAAGAGCCGGUGGAGUCGCCACGAACAGAAAGCUUCUACCAAAGUACCCCCCGUGUGGACACGGACAUAGGUCCCCUCACCAUCAUCUCCGAGAGUGUUUCAAAGCCUCAGAACAUGUCGACCCUCCCCACUGACCCCUCAAUCCUCCCCGUGGCCUAUCAAAAGUCCUUCGCCAACAACAACGAGCUCCCUCAGAAUGUCAUGAACGAAGCACGAGCAAAUCUCCAGUCCCACGUAUCCGACUUCUUCCAGCAGAUCUCUGUCGCUGGAAGUCCAGAAGACGUGAUGGAAGCUAAUAAGGUCCCUUUCCUCACACGAUCAAGAUUAUUCUCACGUAAUUCGGAGAGCUCGUGUCAUCCAAAGUUGGCGAAAAUAACAAAGCUUCACACCAGACUGAAAACACCGUAUCACACGAAAUCCCAGAGGAGUCCAUUCACAGUCAAGGAAACACCUCUAUCAGGACAGCUGGCUCACCUGAAGAUAGACCAGGAUAAAUUUGAAAAUAUGGACAAUACAGUGACGGAGGUCCUGACGAGUCAGCAAGAGAACAAUCCAAGGACUGUUGCAGAAAUCCUUGUGCGGGACUCCGAGGAGCGUCGGAAGGUCCUGGAGGUGUCCGGUAAAAAAAGUCCCAGAAGUCCGGAGCAUGUUUACGAGUCUAUAAUGACGGAGAAGGAUGAGGAUAAGACUUCUCACAACGAUAGUUCUGUCUCGUCAGCUAGUCAACUCCUGGAGGAUCCAUCGCCUAUGUCUUGGGUGUUCCGAUCGCCGUCCAACGAUUCAGACGGUGAAUUCAAGUUGAGGCGGCAGCGGGGCAUCAGACGAAAGCGAAAAGACCAGGGAAAUGAUAAGUCAUCGGCCUCGAAGAGGGCGAAACAACAUGACAGCGUCAGUCCAGGCACCAAACGAAAGAUCCUUGAGCUCCAUGAACCCAUGCAAGCUGUUAACCUUCACGUUAAGAGGCUUGCACUAGAGACGGAUUUGGAUUCGACGUUUAAUGAGCGGACAGUCUGCAAGACCUCCUUCAGCCACAGCAAGGACGAGACGGGAAAAAAUAUGUGGGAACUUGAAAGCCCUAAGUCAUCUCUGAUGGACGAUUUUCCAAGUUCAAAGAGUUCACUUCUACAUUCAGUGACGGAAACACCCGAGGCACCGCUCAUUGCUACGGUCAGGAGGUGUCUGAAGUACAGUCCCGAUGUUGGUACACCGAGGGGUCAUUCCAGGGGGUCCAUUGAAAUCGAGUACAACGUUAUUGGAGAUUAUAUUCACGUCAGAGUGAUUCGCUGCAGGGACUUGAGACGAGCGUAUGAGGGGCCGAUUCAUGCAUACGUGAAGGCAAGCAUCAAGAAUCACUGUGGUGAGGGUGUUGUUAAACGCACAGCUGUUCAUCGUGCAACCCCGAAUCCCGUUUUUCAUGAGACGCUGAUACUACCUUGUCUGAAUAAUAACAACUGUACGACAAGGGCCACGUCCCUUGACAUAGCCGUUUGGCACAGGGAUCGAAGAGCGAGGCGCAGCGAGCUGCUGGGCUGCAUGACUCUACCCCUCCCCUUGGCACAGGAUAAGGAAGCGACAUGGCACCCUCUGGAAGUGGGCUCUGGCCGGAAUACAAGUACACCUUACUCAAGUGUACCACAGGAGUGUGCGGUAUCACCGCCACUAUCAAAGGACGGGGAUCACGUGGACAACAACAAUACAAAUGCAGAUGAUCUCACUUACCUCAGGCAUCUGGAAUUGGAGCCAAUAGAUCCAACCACUGGUUUACCACUGCAUCCUGGAUUUACAGCUAAGGGUGGAAGGACACCCUGUACUAUUACGAGAAGGCUUGUACGACAAAGUGGUCAACAUCAGGUGCCAUGGGGUUUCUCUCUCUCCUGGGGACGUCCGCCUCGAGUGGAACGAGUCGACCCAGGAAGUCCAGCCGAACGCGCUGGUCUCAGACCCGGCGAUCACGUCGUCUUUGUGGACACAUCAAAUGUAGUGAUACGACCACGCGAGGACAUCCUGAGUCUCAUUCAAUCCGCCACCACUCAGCUCGUUCUCGAGGUUUAUCGUCGAGCUGGGGGCCACGCAAAUGCUCACAGGCCCAGUUUCACAAACGUCAGUUUACAACAAAAUAUGGAUCACUCCAAUGGUCAUCACGUUACAUUCACCGCCGAGAUGUUCCCCAACCUAUCACCGGAUGCUCCACCAGAGGAAGAGCUGUCAGUCCGUGAGACUCGCUACUGGAGUGUUCUAAAGACUGGCGUCUCUCGUUUCUCAAGCCCCCUGGCAGAACGUAGAGAUGUUCUUUCGCUAACCGACCACGCAAUCCUCUUCCAAAAUCUGGAAGACCUCUUCAGGCUAUCCGAGGAGAUUCGCGACGAGGGUGGUGGAAUCGAGAGCUAUUUAUCUCGGAUCCCAAGGAUAACCUCAAGCUACCGAAGAUACUUAAGUGGCCUCCAACGAGCCUGUUGUCUACUGAUAGCUCUUCGACGAAACACAGCAUUCGCCAAGCUAGUGGCCGAGCCAGCAGUCCCCCACAAACGUCGUCCCGACCUCACUGGUGUUCUACUACUUCCCCUUGAGCACUACAGAGAAAUGACGAGGUUACUGUGUCUCGCAUCGCCGAGGAACUGCCAGAAGACUAGGGAUCUAGCUCAGGGUUAUCGAGAGGCCACUGCCAAUGCGGGGGUAAUGGAACCACCAAGGGAUACGGGUAGACCUCUCUUGAGUCUCCAAGAAGUCGAGUCCAGACUUGUUUUCGCCAAAUGCAGACCUUUUACACUUGCACAGCCUGGGAGACAAUGGCUUUUUGGUGGAGCUCUAGUCAAGGUCGAAGGUCGUCGUCUUCAGCCCUCAUGGGCGCUCCUCUUGACCGAUCUCCUGGUCUUCGCGAGGGUCUCCAGGGAUCGAGUUCUCUUCGUUACGGAGGAGCCCCUCCGCCUCUCUAGCAUCGCCGAGGCAUGCUUCAUUGUCAGAAAAAGGCCGACAGAAUUCAGACUUCAAGUCUCCAUAACUCCGAAUGGAGGACGGGAGAAUGGUCAUGUGGAAGCGGUACAGUCUGGUGGGUGCAGUCCUCAUGGACGUGCCAAGAGGCGAGUUCUUAUUUUUCGUGCUCCGAGUCCGGAGCAAAAGGCUGUUUGGCAUAAUCUACUGCAACGGCAGAUAAUCUAUGUGAAUACAGGCUGUGGCAGUGCGCCGAACCUAGACAGCCCGGAGGAGCCACCUUUCACGAGGAACGAGUACGGUACAGCUGGUGAUUCCUCGUCAAGUCCGCAGAUUAGUAUAUCUAAAAAAUUGCACGAACCUGGUGACACACUAGAGAGUAUCCUGAAAUCCAGUCCCUCGAAUCACGAGAACAAUCAUUUAGCUCAGUGGGUUAGAAAUUCUCAUCACGCUCCCCCACCAGAUCACGAAAUAGCUCUGGAGGAGUGGACAGCCGAGGAGUUGGCGGCUCGAGCGCCUCCCCGAGAAUCCUCAACCAAUGUCCAAGUGCACGAGAAUACAGAAGAGCAUACAGCACCGAGUUCGGAUCCUGAACAGCAAAGUACGACAUCCAGUGCAAGCCUGAGUACUGUCAAAUCUAGUAGUGUCAAUCCAAAGAAGAAUGGAAAUAUAUUCAGCAAGGAGCUUCCAGGCGGAUCCAUCAACAUCUGCCGAAGGUGCCACAGAUCCGGAUGUCCAACUCCACCACUGGUACGAGACCCCUUCUCCCCGAUUCCACCAAAAAUCUCAGUGCUGCCUCCAACUCCAGAUCUCUGCACAACUCACAGACUGAGGAAUAGCAUUCAUGAUAGUCCAAGUAGAAAUAGUGCUAACUGUACUCCAGUUGAUGGUAAUACCGAGGACGGCAGCGAGGAUGACCUGGACUGCGAUGGAGAGCCCCCGUACAGAGCCCUGAGACGAUUUGGAACGAUGAGUAGUCUAGACCAGGACGACGACGUAGACGAGCAAACAGAAGAUGACGGCCGUGAUCAGGAGUCUCCUCCAUCUGGUCUGCGAUCGUGGACAGCUCGAGCCAGCAGUUUCGUUGUCAGUAAGAUGGUAUUCCUUGAGCAAUUGGGUGAAGGGGUUGGUGGUUAUCUUCUGCAGCCCCCUGUACCCCCAGAACGAACAGAGUAUUCGUUAGACCCUAAUGAUGAAGAGGGUACGACGUCUGGAGGUACAUCUGGGGAUGACAUCUGGGGUACGCCGACCUCUGGAGGACCUGACGACGAGAGCUUCACUGCUAGUCCGGUGAGUAUUGAGAGAUUUUCUUUAAUGUUUGAAGGUACAGCAAAUCCUUCAGCAAUAGUCCACCUCACAGUGAAUGAAGAUAUUGCUCUCCCUGAUUCACUUGACACUUUUAUUCGACAUUUCGGGCAAUCAUACGCAACGCAUUCUAGCUUCCUGCCGUCUCAUGAUAUCAAGCCUUUAGUCAUUCAGGAAUUCAUGAAGAAAGUUGACGGGAAACAAUCGUUGCUGAAUUCCAAUAAAUCACCAUUAACUCCUGAGACAAUUGCACAUGCUCUUUACUAGUAUUCCGGUCACACCAGUAUAGACUGUACCUUCCAACACCUAAAGAUUACCAGGACAACCAUUAACUAGUAUAGAUUAAGCUUGGCACGCAUCUGCAUGACGCAAAAAUCGCUUGCCCUCUGUUUGCAAAGAAUCAUUAGCAACGAGCCUGUUGAACCUGUGACUUCCGUAGCCGUCCAUCAACGGCAAUGUCAUCGGCGAGGACAACUAUGGCCUCAGUCUCAACGCCGACGACGAUCCCGAUGUGAGUGGUGAUUCCGAGGACGGCAAUAUUCCAGAAAUCAGUAUGGAACAGCUACUUGGCAGUGGUAGCC